UCAAAAAAUUGUUAUAUACUUUUUGGCAAUUCGAAUAGAAUUGAAUAGAAUUUUAAAGAAUUUUUGUUUAAAAAACACUUUUAUGUUGGAGCUCGAAAAGCAACUUUGUAUUUUUGUAAUAACGAGAUGGUGAGAGUUUAUUCAAAUAAUUAAUAAAAAAUGGAUAUAACUAUGGAUAUUAAUAACAAUAUUUUAGCUUAAGAUUCUUAAGUUAUGACUAACAUUUCCAUUAAAAAAUAGGGAGUUGCUGUUUGCCAAUUUUGCCACACAGUGUAAUUUAUGAAACAAGAUUUGACAAAAAAAAAAAAACAACAAAAAAAUUUAAAUAGUUCUCCAAUACAUUUUUUAUGGCAUUUACUUUCAAUCUAUAAUAUUCGUGGCCUAGCAUCAAUGGCAAGGCCAUAUAAGCUACUUGGAAUUGUAAAUUAGUUGAUCAGCGAAAAAAUAUAACAAGAACAAGAACAACAACAUUAACAAGCAACACUAUUGCUUAUCAACUGCAAUAAUUAAAUCAAUAUGCUUAACUUAUAAUCAAAUCAGGCAGCUCAUUCUAGUUAGGGCGAUAAAGGCAAACAAAAUGCUUAUCAGCCAAGCAGAAGACAAAAGAGGCGUUCCAACUACAUAUUUAUUCAACUCCCAAUGUAUCGUUAUGGUCGCUGUCGCUUUCACAAUACACACAACACGCAUUCAGCUCUUAACUAUUCAGGGAGAGAACAGAGCACCAGCUGGCAGUACGUGCGUGGCAGUGACGGAGAGCAGACGACCCCACCAAACGCCUCCACCUUCACGACUAAAGCGGGCCACGACUCUAUGUGUCUCCAAAAACUCGUAGAAUCUCAGAGUGCAUGCUAGCCCCACCGUCUCCAAAAAACCAAAGCGAAAUCGAAAACGAAAACAAACGACGAGCGACAAACGACGCAGCGCCAUGGCAAUUGAUGUGGACUUUGAUGUGAUAUUGGCCAAGUGUGGGGACAACAAACGCUACCAAUACUUGCUGCUGGCACUCUACGGCUACAUAAUGUUUGUCACUUCGAGACAUUAUUUCUCACAGAAUGUAAUCGGCUUUAUGCCCGAUCAUUGGUGCCAUCAUGAGCAUCUGGAGAAUCGAAGUUUUGCCGAAAUCGAGGCUAUCUAUGCUAAAUAUGAGAAUCCCUCGUGCACACGACUCGACUGGAUCGAUGGCAAUGAAGCAAUGAAUGCCACAGUGAGCAGUCAACGCUGCGAUCGCUGGAUUUACAACUAUGAUUACGGUUUCCGUAGCAUAAAUGCCGAGUUCAAUUGGGUCUGUGAUGCAGCUCUCAAGGGUAGAGUGGGACAGAGUCUCUUCUUUGUGGGUUCCAUGUUUGGGACAUUUAUCUUCGGACUAUUAGGCGAUCGUAUCGGACGUAUUAAAACAUUGAUUUUGGCCAAUUGGUGUGGCUUUCUGGGUGACUUUGCCACAAUCUUUGCCCAAGAUCUGACUGCAUACUCAGUAAGUCGCUUUAUCUCUGGACUAGCGGCUGAAGCCAACUCAUAUCUUAUGUAUAUAUUGGUUCUCGAAUAUAUCUCGCCGUCACUACGCAAUAUUGGCUUGAACACAGUCCUAGGCAUAUUCUAUUGUCUGGGACUGAUAAGUGCAUCUUGGCAGGCAAGAUUUGUGGGUGACUGGCGCGGCUACAUGAUGUGGACGGCGUUUCCUUCUCUGCUGGUGACAAGUUUUUAUUUCCUCAUACAGGAGAGUGCCCAGUGGCUAAUCACCCGGAAUGACAUCGAUGGAGCCAUUUCCAGAUUACAAAGAGUGGCCAAAUUCAAUAAGCGUCAAGUCAGUCAAACGGAUUUUGAUGAUUUUCGUAAACAUUGUUCUAAAAGUUCAGAAAGUACUAAGUCCAAGGAGGUUGCACAUAAACUACCAGGACUUUUAGAUGCACUGAAGACACCUCGUUUGCGGAAAACGGUAAUCGAAGUCCUCAUUCUUUUUAUGAUCAUAACAGUUUGUUACAAUACGAUGGCUCGGAAUGUGGAGGGCGUCGGAAUUUCACCCUUCAUCAUGUUCACGCUGAAUGCUUUGACUCUGCCACCGUCGGGACUGAUGCAGGCUCAACUUCAGGAACGAUUCGGACGCAAAUUUACUCUUGUGAGCUCUGUUCUUGUCACUGGACUCUUUGUAGCCGCCUAUGGAAUAGUUCUGACCAUCUGGAAGCAGCCCAGUAUCACACUGCUGGUUUCUUUAAUGCUGACCUCCCGCUUUGGAAUUUCCGUUGCCACCGGAGCCACCAUGCAGUUCUGCACUGAACUUAUACCCACCUGUGUGAGAUCGCAAGUAUUGGCAGUGGGCACAAUAGCUGGAGCAGCAGCAUCCUUCCUAUCGCCGUACAUUCAAUAUUUGGAUACGUAUAGUAAGGCUGGUCCGGCAAUUAUACUUUUCCUGCUCUUCAUUGUCUGCACGUGGCUCUGCUUGCGUUUACCUGAGACAUCAAACAAAAAGCUGCCCAUAUCGCUGGCCGAUGGGGAGCAGUUUGGCGUAGGAGAGCGAUUGUUUGACUUCUUGAGGAGGAAAAGAGGCAGUGAAGUCGACAAAAUCGAUGCAAGUGGCGAGACACAAGAGAAACUAAUGCCUGAAUAAAUGACAAAUGAGACACAGAAAAUUGUGCCAAAUUGUACUCUCUACAACAUGAGAUCCUGAAUGUGGUUCAGAUUUUAUCAAUAAGAACAAUCUAACUAAUUAAUAUGUGUAUAAAUGCAAACACAGUAUUUUUGGCUCGUUGUGUCUGUGGAUUCUAUCAUUAAAGUUAAUCUAAGUUUAUAA